UUUUCGCAGUCCGGAUACCGAGAGCGCGGAAGGUGAGUGGAGGAGGCUGCGCGGGUAGGUCCUCCUCUCGGGCUUAGGGAGCAGGAGCAACAGGUGGAGCCCGCCGUACCUCCUCUGAAGGGGCUCUGUUCUAGCUCAUGUAUGGGAACGUAAGUUCUUGUAUUCUUGCUUUGGUUUUAGCGCAGUGGCUGUUUACGUACUGGCUGUGUGCCUGGAGCCUCGCAAACGUUUUAGCAUUUAAUUUACAACUCAACCAGCCUGUAUUGGAGGUGUUGUUUUCCGCAGGUUUUCAUGCCUCGCCUGUUGCUCACUGAUGGUUGGGGAAGGUCGGGCUGCCUCCAAUAAUCAAGCUAAACUGGGUCCUUUGUUAUAUGCAGAGAAAUCAGCUUCACGGUAGUUAAUCUUUUUUUCGAUGUGGGGAUCACCAGACCAUCUGGGAAACCUUUCCCACGCACUGUCUCUAUGUCCGGUGACUUUGGGAAGUCCUAAAGGACAAUGGGGGAAUUCACCAAGCUUAGGUCGAGUGAGCCUCCCCACCACCCCGGAGCCACCAUGGGACACAGCUUAACUCAUUUCUUGGAGGAACUUGACAGUGUGUCCCUAACAGCUGGGUGGCAAAGUCUGUGCCCAACUGGUGCCUGAAGUCUACGGGGACUGCACUUCCUGUGCUCCGGACUUCCUCAUAGGGCUGCUGUCACUGUGACCAGAGAUAGUGGUGUCCUUGGCUCUGCACCUAGUGUUCCCACACUGCCUCCAAGAUGUCAGCUAAAGCCAUAGAGAGCGGGGGAGGCGAUGCCACUGACCCCUUCCGGCCGGAAUCCCCCUCUGAUGAGGAGGAUGAACCUUCCCAGUCAUCCGACCAGGCCUCUGAUGGUUCUCCUGGCAAGCCACCACAGGGGCCACCCCAGGGGCCAGAUGGAUCUGGCUCUGACCCCAGAGACCCACCCAAGGAUGGAGGCAGCAAUUUCUCCCAUAAAGCAGGAAUGGCCUGUGCAGCCGUGAUUGGAGGAGCCCUGGCCGUGGGGGCUGUGCCCGUGGUGCUGGGCGCCAUGGGCUUCACCGGGGCAGGAAUCGCCGCCUCCUCCUUAGCGGCCAAGAUGAUGUCAGCGGCCGCCAUCGCCAAUGGGGGCGGAGUUGCCGCUGGCGGCCUCGUGGCCACUCUCCAGUCCGUGGGGGCAGCUGGACUUUCCACGUCAUCCAACAUCAUCCUGGGCUUGGCUGGGUCAGCUUUGGGGGCCGGGUUUUGGGGUACAAAAAAGAAAGCCCCUCCCCCUCCUCCACCAGGAUCCAGUACUGAAGCAGAGAGGGGCUCCCGUGCUGGAGAUGACCCUCCAGGGCCUCAGGAUGUCAGUCCCCCAAAUGACAAGUCCUCUGCCUCCCAAAAUUCUUCAAAGAAGCAUAGGAAAUAAAGACGAGACGCUGUGACCUUCA